AGCCCAUUUGACCCGACCCGGCAUGACCCACACAACCUGGGACUAGUAAUACCCGACUCCCCAAAUUAAUAUCAUUUAAAAAAUUCUCACACGACCGACCAUCCGCCUCGCGGUUACGGUGUUCCGUCGGACCAUCUUACACUCCACCGCCUUCCUCUUCCUCCAAACCCUAAACACACCAUCAAACCUUCUCCCCCCUCACUCCCUCAAACCACAGGGGUGAAAAAAAUGGAUAUUUUAGCUCCAACAAAGACCUUCCCUUUUCUUCUCGACUCCAAUUUCAGACUUAAAGUCCCCCCUAACUCCAAUGCACUCCAAAUCACCACCAUCUCCUUCCCAAAAAGAUCCACCAGAAGCAAACCCUCUCCCCAUUCCAUCUCCGCUCCAUCCACCCACUCCAACGGCGACCCCACCGGAAACGACCUUCUCCGUCGUCUCGUCCGCAACGGUGAGCUCGACUCCGCCCUCCGCCUCCUCGAAUCCAUCUACCUCCGCGGCACCGACCCCCCCGACAUCAUCCCCUCCACCAGCCUCAUCCGCGGCCUCUGCCGCUCCGGCCGCACCGCCGCUGCCCGCCGCGUUCUCGACAUCAUAGAAACCUCCGGCGCCUCUCCCGACGUCAUCACCUACAACGUCAUGAUCUCCGGCUACUCAAAAUCAGGCGAGACCGACGAAGCCCUCAAUCUCCUCCACCGCAUGUCCGUCCCACCCGACGUCGUCACCUACAACACCAUCUUCCAAAGCCUCUGCGAGCGUGGCGAGCUCGACAAAGCCUUCAACCUGCUCGACCAUAUGCUCCGCCGCGCCUGCGCCCCGGACGUCUUCACCUACACCAUCUUAAUCGAAGCCACUUGCAAGGAAACCGGCGUGGAUCACGCCAUGAAGCUGCUUGACGAAAUGCGCGCAAAGGGCUGCGUUCCGGACGUCGUCACCUACAACGUCCUCAUCAAUGGCAUAUGCAAAGAGGGAAGAUUGGACGACGCUAUUAAUUUCCUGAACAACAUGCCAUCCCACGGCUGCAACCCUAACGUUAUCACUCACAACAUAAUUCUAAGGAGCCUUUGCAGCACCGGAAGGUGGAUGGAUGCAGAAAACCUUUUAUCAGACAUGGUAACCAAGGGAUGCAAUCCCAGCGUCGUCACCUUCAACAUUCUGAUAAAUUACUUGUGCCGCAGAGGAUUGAUUGGCAGGGCGAUCGAUAUGCUGGAGAAGAUGCCCGAACAUGGCUGCACGCCAAACUCCCUGAGCUACAAUCCUUUGCUUCACGCACUGUGCAAGGAUAAGAGGAUUGAUAGAGCAAUCGAGUACCUGGAUGUCAUGGUUUCGAGGGGAUGUUAUCCUGAUAUCGUCACCUACAACACCUUGCUUACUGCGCUCUGUAAGGAUGGGAAAGUUGAUGUAGCGGUGGAGCUGCUGGGCCAGCUAAGUAGCAGGGGUUGCAGGCCGGUGCUUAUCAGCUACAAUGCGGUGAUUCAUGGGCUGUCGAAGGUGGGGAAGACUGAUGAGGCUCUGCGGCUGUUGAGGGAGAUGGAGGGGAAGGGAUUGAAGCCUGAUGCGAUCACUUAUUCUUCGCUGGUUGGAGGGCUUAGCAGAGAAGGGAGGGUUGAGGAAGCCAUGGAGAUGGUUCGGGAGCUGCGCAUAAGGCCGAAUGCAAUCAUCUAUAAUUCUGUGAUUUUGGGGCUGUGCAAGGCGAGGGAGACGGACAGGGCGAUUGAUUUGUAUGCUGACAUGGUUGCGCAGGGCUGCAUGCCGACAGAAUCGACCUACAUGAUUUUGAUUGAGGGAUUGGUGCAUGAAGGCUUUGGUGAGGCGGCUGUGGAUUUGGUUGGUGAGUUGUAUUCUAGAGGGGUUGUGAAAAAGGCUUCGGUGCAGAAUGUGGUUGCUAGGAUGUAGUGUCGUGCCUUUUUUUUUUGUUAGAUUGUUCUGCAGCUAGUCUGCAUUUAUUUUUGGGAAAGGAUAGCUGGCUGUUGUUGUAUAUUAGGGGCAUUUACAUACAUGGCACACAAUUCUUAUGUGUUUACGUAUAUAAUGCCUAAAUAUUUAUAUUCAGGUGCAUGUCGCUCGAAUCCUUAACAUCAUAUCCGAAAUAGUGCCAUCGCGACGACCAUCUUUUUUAAAGUUAA